CUUUUCUUCUUCUCUCACCACAUAUCUCUCCAUCCUCCUCACUCUCCUCUAAACCACAUUCAUCUUUGCAUGUGCAUAGCAUACAGUCCACUAGAUCAUACUUGCAUCCGCUAGAUCUGAUCGAUCCCCCGACUGCAUUGUCUUUGCACUGCAACGUUCGGUUAUCCAAUCAUCCAACAAUUGCAGCGACCACUGAGACUUACUAACCAACAACAUUACGACAACAGCUUCUCAGGAUCCAUUCAGUUGUGUAUCUUGAGAUAUCACUGAAUUGCUGGACCAAAGGCACAGACUUUCUCGACAAGUUCUGAUUGCUUAAUCGACAACAUUACUAACCCCCGAGGUCUUGAUUGAUCCUCGGUUAACAGGACUUUGAUCGAAACAUUAGGUUGUCCAUUCGAUCGAAUUAGACCAUCAUGGCUUCAGUCUCUGUCUCGACGCCUCUGAAGAGCCAUCAUGGCAUCUUUUCCACCAAGACCGCCGGUGGCAGAAUGCCACUCACUCCCUCGCCCAGAACAAGAACGGCGAGUGCAGCCACCAACGUCUCUACAAACUCAUCACCAUCCACACUUCUACGGAAAGAGCAGUCUAUCCACAAGCAUGAUCCCUCCACCUUCUUCUCCAGAUCUAUCUCGCGCUCUGUGUCCAAGUUUGCCUACGACAACUCGCCCAAGUCAAACAUUGCAAGAGGGCGACAGUCCCCGAAACAGCUUGAGCUCGGAGUUUCUGAAUGGACUUUGACAGGCACUGGACAUAAUGCCACCACGACACCCUCAAGAGAAAAGUCGAGGAAAGAAACAGUGUUGAGAUCAAGAGUUGGCAAGACCACCAUUAGACUGCCUCACAACACUGCAGACCGCUUCAUCCCUAAUCGGGCUGCAAGUGCCGGCCUGGCCACCGCAGGUUGUGGCAAGGCUGACGAGAACACUCGCCCACGCACCGCUGACGGUUCUACUGUGCUCGCCAAUGCCGCUGCCAGUGCGUUCGACAUCUCUGCUCGGGGUGCUGACGCAGACAUCACGACUGCGUUGGAGACUCUGGGCCUGGAUGAUGACAACACAACCUCGUCAUACAGCCGGUCAAACCCUGACUCGACUGCAUAUGAGACUUCCCUGGCCUCUGCUUGUGGUAUCUCAACCAGCCAGCGUAUCCUAGAGUUCAAGCCUGCUCCUCCCGAGUCGUCGAAGCCGAUCGACCUGCGUUCUCAAUACAAUCGCCCUCUGAAGCAAGCCAGCUCCCAAUCCGCACAAUUCCGUCGCCGGAUUCAGACAGCACCUGAGCGUGUCUUGGAUGCACCAGGCCUCGUCGACGACUACUACCUCAACUUGCUCGAUUGGAGCUCAGGCAACCAAGUUGCUAUCGGGCUGGAGCGCAAUGUCUAUGUCUGGUCAGCAGACAGCGGCUCAGUGAGCUGCCUGUUGGAGACAUCUCCCGACACCUACAUCAGCAGUGUCAAGUGGUCUGGCGAUGGCGCCUAUGUGGGCGUUGGCCUGGGCUCUGGUGAAGUUCAGAUCUGGGACGUGGAAGAAGGCACGAAGCUCCGAAGCAUGUUCGGCCACGAAACCCGUGUCGGUGUGAUGGGAUGGAACAAGCACACCUUGUCAACAGGAGCGCGCAGUGGAGUGGUCUUCAAUCACGAUGUCCGCGUCGCCCAACACAAGGUCGCAGAGCUUGUCUCCCACACAUCGGAAGUGUGCGGACUGGAGUGGCGCUCUGACGGUGCACAACUAGCCACUGGAGGCAACGACAACUUGGUCUCCAUCUGGGAUGCCCGGUCACUGGCGGCCCCCAAGUUCGCCAAGAAGAACCACCGCGCUGCCGUCAAGGCUCUUAGCUGGUGCCCAUGGCAACUGAACCUCCUGGCCACUGGUGGCGGCUCUCACGACCGACACAUCCAUUUCUGGAACACGACGACAGGCGCACGCGUCAACAGCAUUGAUACCGGAUCGCAAGUGACCAGCCUCAAGUGGAGCAACCACUACCGCGAGCUCGUCAGCUCCAGCGGCUUUCCUGACAACUCCUUGAGCAUCUGGAGUUACCCUACUUUGGUGCGCAAUGUGGAGAUCCCAGCACACGAGUCUCGGGUUCUACACAGCUGUCUGAGCCCCGACGGUCAGAUGCUGGCAACAGCGGCGGCCGACGAAAGCUUGAAGUUCUGGAAGGUCUUUGAACGCAAAGCAGGAGUCAGCGCAGCCGCGUCCAGAGAGGGCGGUGUGGGCAAAAGCAGUUCCAUGGCAAAGCAGAUGACUAUCCGCUGAAUCUAUUUCCAUAGACAUAGGGCUGGUGGACAUGGAUUUCCCGAACCAAAGGGUGGUGCACCGGAUUCGGACCUUUAAGCAUGGUGUUGGGGUCCUUUUGCGUAUUAUUGGGGGCCAAUACCAUGGGUGACGAUUAAUGCUUGCUGACGAGGCUUCUUUUGGCGGUGAUCGACUGAUGGAUUAUGAUGACUCUGUUUGUAUUCUAAUGAAUUUUUUUUGAUGCCUGGAUAGUCAGGCCGAACAUGGGUUGCUUCUAGCGAGCUCUUGAAAUAACACUCCAAGACGAGUCUGAACCCGCUGCUUGACUAACGUGGUAGAGAAGGAUCAAACUCCAUCGAGGCUGACACGAUAUCUGCUCUGUGCUGCUACCCGUGGCUUUGAUCCAACAAUAUCGCUCUUUGUCUCCCGG